AUGGGUUGCUGCAUUUCAAGAAACAGUGAUAAAAUAAUCACAAAUAAAAAUUAUAAUCAAAGUGAAAAUUCCACCCUAUCAGAAAAACUUCAUAUAGUUUUAAGAAACAAAACCAAAAAAUUAUUUUUCAAAUUUUCAAUCUUAAAAACAUAUAAAAAGAAAUCAGGCUUUGCCAAGCUAAGAAAAUAUUUUUCUCUUUUUAUCAUAAUUGAUUAG